UGGGAAGAAUGUCCCUUACAUUGGGGGUCAGUGGGAAGAAUGUCCCUUACAUUGGGGGUCAGUGGGGGAAGAAUGUCCCUUACAUUGGGGGUCAGUGGGAAGAAUGCCCCUUACAUUGGGGGUCAGUGGGAAGAAUGUCCCUUACAUUGGGGGUCAGUGGGAAGAAUGUCCCUUACAUUGGGGGUCAGUGGGAAGAAUGCCCCUUACAUUGGGGGUCAGUGGGAAGAAUGUCCCUUACAUUGGGGGUCAGUGGGAAGAAUGUCCCUUACAUUGGGGGUCAGUGGGAAGAAUGUCCCUUACAUUGGGGGUCAGUGGGAAGAAUGUCCCUUACAUUGGGGGUCAGUGGGAAGAAUGUCCCUUACAUUGGGGGUCAGUGGGAAGAAUGUCCCUUACAUUGGGGGUCAGUGGGAAGAAUGUCCCUUACAUUGGGGGUCAGUGGGAAGAAUGUCCCUUACAUUGGGGGUCAGUGGGAAGAAUGUCCCUUACAUUGGGGGUCAGUGGGA